UGGCAGUGUGAGCGCCCCCUGCAGGUGGACACAGGAGCCUGGUGUCUGUGGGAAUCUGUGUGGUGCUUGCAGGCCAGGGCCUCUGCUUUAAAGAGAAAUCAUGUCUCCCCUGCAUUCCUGAGCAGCUCAGGGUCAUCGUGGAGAUUUGGGAGUUGAGACAGGAAAGAGCAAAACAACUGUGUUUACGCAGAUUGUUUCCCUGGGAUUACCAUCAGACUGGCUCUGGGCCAGGGUUCACAGAGACAAUGUUAUACAGUGUAAUACACAGGGCUCCAGGACAAAGUCUCAAGUCCUCAGAAUUGCUUUCUGGGAUUAAGAGCUUGAAGGUCGGGUUCCAGUUGGGAAGGAUAGGCUUUUAGUUUCACUUCUUGCUCUGUCAGUGGCUGUCAAGUUGGACCCCAGUGUGACAGCAAUGUCACAACCAUGAGACUAGGCUCCUAGAGAACAGGAUAGAAGUCUCUGUGAAAACAAAUUACAACAAGGCUGUGCUUUGGCUCACACUAACCCUGAAGAUGGGGAUCCCUGUGCUCUGUACCCUCCUGCUCCUGGCGGCCGCCCUAGCCCGGACCCAGACCCGCGCGGGCUCGCACUCCAUGCUAUAUUUCUCCACCAUCUCCUCCCGGCCCGGCUCGGGGGAGACCUGGUUCUUCGCUGUCGGCUACGUGGACGACACGCAGUUCGUGGGCUUAGACAGCGACUCGGAGAAUCCGAGGAUGGAGCCGCGGGCGCCGCGGAUGGAGAGGGAGGGGCCGGAGUAUUGGGAGAGGGAGACACUGAAAGCCAAGGGCCAUGAGCAGAGUUUCCGAGUGAGCCUGAGGACCCUGCUUGGCUACUACAACCAGAGUGAGGAAGGCUCUCACACCAUCCAGACUAUGGUCGGCUGUCACGUGGGGUCGGACGGACGCCUCCUCCUUGGGUACAGUCAGUCUGCCUAUGAAGGCGACGAUUACAUCGCCCUGAACGAGGACCUGAGGACGUGGGCAGCGGCAAACACAGCAGCACAGAUCACCCGGCACAAGUUCAAGCAGGCUUGUGUUGGAGAGAGAAUGAGGGCCUACCUGGAGGACGGCACAUGCGUGCAGUGGCUCCACAGACACCUGGAGCACGGGAAGGAGCAGCUGCUGCGCACAGGUGCAGGCGCCCAGGGCAACUCCUCCCCCUGCCCUCGGGCUGGGCUCAAAACUGACUUCAGCUGGGGUGCCGCCCCUGUCUCUACUUAUUUCUAA